AUGACCAACCUCCAGGGUCGAAAGGUCUUCAAGGUCUUCAACCAGGACUUCAUUGUUGACGAGAGAUACACGGUGACGAAGGAGUUGGGUCAGGGUGCCUAUGGAAUCGUCUGUGCCGCAACAAAUACGCAGACUCAGGAGGGCGUAGCUAUCAAGAAGGUUACCAAUGUAUUCUCCAAGAAGAUCCUGGCCAAGCGUGCGCUGCGAGAAAUUAAGCUCCUACAACAUUUCAGAGGCCAUCGCAAUAUUACAUGUCUCUAUGAUAUGGACAUUCCUCGACCAGAUAACUUCAACGAGACCUAUCUGUAUGAGGAACUCAUGGAGUGUGAUCUCGCAGCCAUUAUCCGAUCCGGCCAACCCCUCACCGACGCCCAUUUCCAAUCCUUCAUCUACCAAAUUCUCUGCGGUCUGAAAUACAUUCACUCCGCAAAUGUUCUCCAUCGUGAUCUGAAGCCCGGUAACUUGCUGGUCAACGCCGACUGCGAGUUGAAAAUUUGCGAUUUUGGUUUGGCCAGAGGAUUUUCAGUCGACCCCGAGGAGAAUGCUGGAUACAUGACUGAAUAUGUUGCGACGAGAUGGUACCGUGCCCCAGAAAUCAUGUUGAGUUUCCAGAGUUACACAAAAGCUAUCGAUGUCUGGUCCGUUGGAUGCAUUCUUGCAGAGCUCCUCGGAGGACGACCAUUCUUCAAGGGCAGAGAUUACGUCGAUCAACUCAACCAAAUUCUCCACAUCCUUGGUACACCCAACGAAGAAACACUCAGUCGCAUUGGAUCUCCCCGAGCUCAAGAAUACGUCCGCAACCUCCCCCACAUGGCCAAGCGCCCAUUUCCAAGUCUGUUUCCAAACGCCAACCCCGACGCAUUGACUCUCCUGGAUCACAUGCUGGCUUUCGACCCAUCUUCCCGUAUCUCCGUUGAGGAAGCUCUCGAGCACCCAUACCUCCACAUCUGGCACGACGCCUCGGACGAGCCCGGCUGCCCAACAACCUUCAACUUUGACUUCGAAGUCGUGGAAGAUGUUGGCGAGAUGCGCAAGAUGAUCCUGGAAGAGGUUGCCCGAUUCAGACAACACGUCCGUAUCCAGCCUGGGCAAUUAGGCAAUACCCAGGGUCCUGCGGUGCCGAUCCCCCAAGCUAACGGUGGAUGGAGCAGCGAGGAUCCGAGACCUCAGGAAUAUGGCCAGAACGCCACGGGUCUUGAGCAGGAUCUUCAUGGUGGUUUGGAUGCUAUGCGAGCGUAG